AUAUCCUUCUUGAUAGUAUGACCUAUAAUAAUAUUUAUUUUAAAUAUUCUGAGUACUUUUUCCACACUCCGAAGCAGAAGAUGGCGGUAUUACUGUCAGGUCAACUGACAACCGUCCUGGGAGGCAAAACUCAGGGCAUCAUUUCUCAAUCUACACACAUGAACGGGGUUAGCAUCAAGCUAACGAUGCUAACUGCCAACCUUAGGAGAUAUUUAACAGUUAUAUAAGAGGAUUUUUAACAAAGAGGUUAGAACACAUUGCUGUGACUGGUCGGUGUCCUCCAGUUGCAGCAGAAAUGUUGCCCUCAAACAGCUCCAUGGUGAGGUCUGCUGCCAGGCUGCUGAGAACCUGGAGGCCAGGAUGUGUCUGGUGUCCGUGCAGAAACAUUUCUCUGAAACCCGGAGGUUCGAGACCAAAGACUCUUCCACAGCGGUACCUGGGCCAGCCGAGCCCCUUCACUCAUCCACACCUCAUCAAACAUGGUGAGGUGACCCCGGGUUUGACUCAGACAGAGUUCGAGCUCCGCAGACUCAGGCUGGCCUCACUGAUCGAGGCGCAGGCCGACAGGCUGGGACCCUCCGCCUCCUCCAGCACCCAUGUGGUCGUCUUGUUGUCCCACCCGACCCGCUACAUGACUAACGACAUCCCUUACCCCUUCCACCAGAACCAGGAUUUCCUGUACCUCAGUGGCAUCCUGGAGCCGGACAGUGCCUUGGUUCUGUACGGGACAGGACGCCCGGACCAGGCCAUCCUGUUCGUCCCGCGCAGAGACCCGAGCAGAGAGCUGUGGGACGGGCCGCGGUCGGGGAAGGAUGGAGCGGCGGCUCUGACCGGCAUCGAGAGAGUUCACUGCACAGAAGAACUGGGUCUGGUUCUCAAGAGCCUUAAAGGCACUGUGCUGUGGUACGACAGCUCUCUGCCGGCCCACCCUCGGCUCCAUCAGGCGCACGUGGGCCCCCUGCUGGACGAGGGGCCGAUGCCUCACUCCCUCCGGCCCCUCGUCCACUCUCUGAGGGCCGUCAAGAGCUCCGCUGAGGUGGCACUAAUGCAAGAAGCAGGUCACAUCAGUGCACAGGCUUUUCGGAGAACGAUGGCUAUGUGUCGAGGAGACGUGGAUGAAGCUGUGAUCUUUGCUAAAUUUGAUUUCGAGAAUCGGAUCCAUGGCGCCAACUUCCUGGCCUACCCGCCUGUCGUUGCCGGGGGAAACCGAGCCAACACUCUGCACUACAUCAACAACAACCAGAUCAUCAAGGAUGGUGAGAUGGUGCUGCUCGAUGGAGGCUGUGAAUACUUUGGUUACGUCAGUGAUAUCACUCGGACAUGGCCAGUGAAUGGAAAGUUCAGCCCUGCGCAGGCGGAGCUGUACGAGGCGGUGCUGGAGGUGCAGCGCUCCUGUCUGUCCAUGUGUUCGCCGGGCGUCAGUCUGGAUCACAUCUACAGCAGCAUGCUGGCUCUGCUGGGGCGACAGCUCAGGAGGCUCGGCGUCGUGAAGGCCAGCAGCAGUGAGGCUGAUGUACUGAAGGCUGCACGGCGGUACUGCCCCCACCACAUUGGACAUUACCUGGGGAUGGACGUCCACGACACUCCUGAGCUGUCCCGCUCACAACCUCUGCAGCCGGGGAUGGCCAUCACCAUAGAACCAGGGUUGUACAUAGCCGAGGACAACGACCAGGUGCCUAAGCGUUUCCGUGGAUUGGGCAUCAGGAUAGAGGACGACGUGGUGAUCCGAGACGAGGGAGGCGCUUUGAUUCUGUCCUCAGACGCACCAAAGACCAUCGCUGAUGUAGAGAAAGCCUGCGCCCAGAGAUAAAGGCAGGGAGAGACAGACAGGUGACAAAGUGAGACACUUCAUCUGUGGGCUGGGAGUUUCCAAACGUCUCCACCGUGAUGACAUCAUCCGGCUCAGGGCCCAGGUACAUGAAAGGUGGGAGCACAUUGCAAAGACUCUAGUUUUAGCCUCAGCAAGGCCUCCAAAAUACAGACAAUAUGAUGUGGAAGAUCAUAUAUGUUGACAUCUUUCUAACUGUUUAAAGAAACUGGAUCGUAUUUGUCUUCAACAGUGAGUGAUUAUGAAGAGGGAUAAAGGAUAAAGGGUGGGUUUAGUUGUGUGUAUGGAAUAGUUUGAAGUUGGUUUGCAUAGCGUACUGCUUAGCCAUAACUGGUGUGAUACCUACAGUAGAUGGCAAAGUUUGGAGAAAAAGACAGGAGUAAGGACACAGGAGUCACCUGAUUCAAAACUUGAUUCAAAACGAACUUAACUUGUCGAAAUACGAAAGCUAUUACUGCAUUGAUACAGACGUAUUUCUUGUUAAAAUGUAAUUACAAAUCAGGGCUACGGCAGCUAAAGCAAAACCACGUUCUUACAAAUGUGUAAUAGUGUUGUGAUGGUGCUAUCAGCCGGGAAAUGUCAUCCAGAGCCAGAAAUAAAGAAUCUAGGAACAACUGUUAACCACUUGCAUCAAGUUUAUGUUCAGCUGAAGACUCCGUGGUUAGAUCAAGCUACCAUGGACUCAUCUUCAUCCUUAAAACCUAUUUGCUCCUAAACAGUAUUGUUUUUAUUACCAGUAUUACCAUCAUCAUGGCACACAGGGAUAUAAUCAUUUUGUUGUGUAUCUCAAAAACCUUUUUAGGUACAAUGCUAUGUGACAUGUGUUGAAGGCAAUAGGGUAUAAUAAGUACAUUAUUAUGAUUAAUACCUCAAACUUCCACUUAAUGUCUUCUACUCAAACAGGGUGACACAACAGGAGAAAAAACCGAAUGGCAUACACAUCCACUGUGAAUGGGAAAAGGCUAAUACGAUAUUUUCAGCAGUUUUUUCAUGUGUGUACAGUACCUGCAUACACGUGUUCAUUUUGGGGUAAAAAGGAACUUCACACAAAUGAUUAUUUCCCAUU